AUCUACGUAAUUAGUGUUGAAUACUUUGCGCGGGACACCGGCCGUGAUGGGGGACACACGGAUACGUCGGGGUUGAAGUGGUUCAAACUGAGAGCCGCUUUUCACUGUUCUGUGAUAUCAUAACUAUGACAUCGUGAGAUAAGACUUUCACAUCUGAAAGCAGUAUUGAAAGGAUUGAUGUCCUUGACGAGCAUGGACUCGGACAGCACAGACACUGGUUCACCCAGCCUACUUAACCACUUGCGAAAGUUCCGCUUUCAAAAGAGAGUGCAUCAAGAUCGGGAUGAAAAGUGCAACGAGAACUCCGAUAACAGUCCUUCGGGUACUCAAGCCACUGUGAUACCGGAAACACCCGAAUCUCAACUUGGAAAAGCAAAUAAUGAUACCGAAGAUAAGUCAACCUUCAGCGAAAACAGCCGCCAUACCUGCGAUUCAGAGAGUAAGUCACCUCAUAACGGUGACAUCCAGCUCACAACGGAGGGAGACGAAAGUCCGCUAAUCCACAACGGAACCAAGAAGAGGCGGAGGAUCAUCUCCAUAGACUCGGAUGAUAGCAACGGGGCAGACGGCAGCUUCAAGCGUACCAAAGUGGCAGACGACGAGUUGGCAUGUCUGACGAAGCGAGAACGGUGUCUCCGACAACUGAUGAGUCAGUUCGAGAAGGCAGACGUGAUGGAGAUUCAAGAUGCCCUUGUCAUGUGGGACUGGGACAUUGACAAGACGUUCAACUUCCUCAAGGAAAAUCCACCCAGCACUCAUGGCGAGUCAAACAACGCGAGGAGGUCGUCGUCUGCAAAUUUUGUGGCUGCCGUUAGAGGUGUCGUAUUCGAUGAAGAGGGUGACGGAAACAGCAGUUACCCCUCGUCCCCGAGGGAAAAGCCACCUCCAAAGCCAAAAGUGGAAUCUAAGUUCAAGACAUUUAACAAGAUGAGUUCCCAAAAAACAUUGAAGCCGGAGGGAGAAGGUGCAGUGCUGUCUCGAAAGAAUGAAGGCAAGAAGAAAAGACGCAUCACCGUCCUGGACAACAGCGACGACGAUGGAGAUUACAAGAAUGAGAGCAUCUACGAUUCUGGCGACGACAGCGACGGCGACAACGGUGACGAGAACGUCAGCGUGAGCAUAGUCAAGAAUCGUCUGGCCGUCACCGAGUUCUUCAACGACGCCACGAUCGCAGAGUUGAUGGCGGUGCCCUCUUGUAGCAAGAAGAAAGCGGAGGCCAUCGUUGAGAACAGGCCCUACAAGAACUGGUCGGAACUGGUUCAAAAGUUUGAGACUCGCAAGAACCUGGCACCGUCGUUGCUCAAUAGUGCCAAGGACCUGCUGCACACGCGCUGGGUCGUCAAGCGGCUGAUGAAACGUUGCCAAGACAUCGCCGACAAGAUUGAGAAUAUCGUCACGAGCCUCGUCCGUGGCGAGUCUCAGGACUCCGAGGGUUACAUCAAGGUGCAGCCCUCGAUACUCAACCAAAGCAUGACGCUGGCUCCUUACCAGCUAAUUGGCCUCAACUGGCUGGCAUUGAUGCACAGGCAAGAGGUCAAUGGCAUCCUCGCGGAUGAGAUGGGGCUCGGGAAGACUAUCCAGGCCAUUGCCUUCUUGGCCUAUCUCCACCAACAGGGUGAAAAUGGACCUCACGUCGUCGUCGUCCCUUCCUCGACGCUAGAGAAUUGGAUGCGGGAAUUUGAACUGUGGUGCCCGUCACUGACGUUGCUCGUGUACCACGGCAGUCAAGAGGACCGCCGGGACCUCAGGUACCAGAUCCUCGACGGUGAGGUGGGAGACUUCAACGUCCUUCUGGCCACGUACCACAUGGUUGCCAGCAACGCAGAGGACAGGAGUCUCUUCAAGAAACUCUCAUUCAAGUACGUCAUCUUCGAUGAGGCACACAUGCUGAAGAACAUGGCUUCUCAGCGUUAUGGGAACCUGAUGAAAAUCAAUGCUCAACGGAAAAUUUUGCUCACCGGAACACCGCUUCAGAACAACCUGGUGGAACUGAUGUCUUUGCUCAGCUUUGUCAUGCCAACCAUGUUCCAAAAGAAAACCGACCAGAUCAAGUUAAUGUUCUCAUCCGCAGCCAAAGACGAAUCAAAUCAGAGCAAGUUUGAGAAGGAACGUGUGGUGCAGGCCAAGCAGAUCAUGCGCCCUUUUGUCCUGCGACGACUGAAGAAGGAUGUCCUGCAGCAGCUGCCGUCGAAACACGAAGAUGUCCGUCACUGCGUCAUGACACCGCAUCAGAGCACCCUGUACAAGGGCAUUGUCGAGACGCUCUCAAAAGAGUUCAAAGAGAGGCAGAAGGCAGACGGGAUGUUGAUGAAGCUGCGGAGGGCCUCCAAUCAUCCGCUCCUGCUCAGGCACUACUACGAUGAAGAGAAGCUGAGGUGUAUGGCAAAGUUGAUGCUGAAAGAACCAACACAUCGUGAUGCCAACCCCGAUCUCAUUUUUGAAGACAUGGAGGUCAUGUCCGACUUUGAGUUACACAUGCUCUGCAACCGCUACGAGAGUGUGCGAUCAUUCAGGCUGGAAGAUGAGAAAAUCCUGGACUCUGGGAAAUUGAUAGAACUGGACCUGCUGCUAAAAGAGCAGAUUGGAAAGGGCAACCGCGUUCUCAUCUUCAGCCAGUUCACCAUGGUGUUGGACAUACUCGAGGCAUAUCUCAACAUACGUCGGCACAAGUGGCUUCGCCUAGAUGGCAGCACCUCUGUUCAGGACAGGCAAGACCUGAUAGACAAGUUCAACAAAGAUGACAGCAUCCUCGCCUUCCUGCUGUCGACGCGAGCUGGUGGUCUAGGUAUCAACCUGACCUCCGCAAAUGUCGUCAUCCUCCACGACCUCGACUUCAACCCCUACAACGACAAGCAGGCGGAGGACCGCUGCCACCGGAUGGGACAGAGCAAAGAGGUGCAGGUGGUGAAGCUUGUCAGCAAGGACACCAUAGAAGAAGGGAUCCUGUCAGUCGCACGAGACAAGCUAAAAUUGGAGAAGGACGUUACGGGAGAUUCCAAGGAGGAGGAUGACGCAUCGACCAGUGUGGCCCAUCUACUGAAAGAUGCCCUCGGGUGUUAGGUUUUAAACUUUCUUAGGACAACUGUUGUGAUAGAAGACUUUCCUAUUUGCUACAAACUGCGUUCCAAAGUGUUUUGAGCACAACUUCCAAGUGGAUAUUUGUUAGUUCAGUUUUGAAUAGACUUUUAUAAUUUUCUAUGAAUUUCAUUUUUGAAGUCCAUGGACGUAUUUGGAGUGCCACAGCAACCUUUCGAUGUGGUUUCACGUUUGCUAAAUUUGCAUGUAAAUUUGGCAGCGUGACGACUUUAUUUUGUAAUGACAGUGUGCCUUAUGCAUGUGAUUUUCCUUUGUCCACACGAAGCUGGUAGCAUUUUAAAAUGUCUACUUUUUUUUAGACAUUACUUUCGAAGGCCUUAUACAGAUGUAAGAUACAGAGCAGCCCCGAGUUGAAGUGGUGCAACUGGGAUCUGGAAAUAAAAGUAUUCGCGGAAAAGAGAGUUUGGGAGCAACAACGCCGUGCGUGUGUGUGUCUGGCUUAAUGAGGUGUUUAUUACUUGCAUGUCAUUCCCCAAUCAUCAUAACCUGUAACGUUUACUGUCAUUUUCUGUUUUACGCACUUAAACAUCUUACCGAAAAAAAUAGGUGCGAAGAAACAUUUCGGCAGUUUUAUUUCUCGUUUCCAACAAUCUCUCGCGACUUUAUUUUAAAGCGGAAGCAUAUCAGGCACACACAUUCUUGUUUGUACUAAAAGAUGUACAAAUAAAAUGUAAUUUAAAGUGAGUUUGGAUAAUAAACAUUGCGUGGACGACAAAUGAA